GAUGUUAGCUGAUCGCUUAGCUAGUAGCAGCUAGCUUACGUGUGCCUGUACACUGUACGAGUGCUAGCUAGCUGCGCGUCGCGUCUCCCGGCCCACGCAGCAGCCUUCCACGCUAUGCUGCUAUAUAACGCUGCUGCCCAAUCAAGCAGCGUACAAUACCACCACCACCACCAGCCGCCGCCGCCGAGCACGUUCCAGAGUAGCAAGCGAGAGGCGGCGCGUCGUACGACGUCGGCGACGCCGCAGAUGGCCCCGGUGAGCAGCGCGGUGCCGUUCCUCCCGACGGCGUCGUCGGAGGCGACGCUGCGCCCGUCGUUCGUGCGCGAGGAGGACGAGCGGCCCCGGGUGCCGCACGACAGCUUCAGCGACGAGGUGCCGGUGAUCUCGCUCGAGGGCAUCGACGACGACGGCGGCGCGCGGCGGGGCGAGAUCCGCGCGCGCGUGGCCGCGGCGUGCGAGGGCUGGGGCAUCUUCCAGGUGGUGGACCACGGCGUGGACGCCGCGCUCGUGGCCGAGAUGACGCGCCUGGCGCGCGACUUCUUCGCGCUGCCGCCGCAGGAGAAGCUCCGCUUCGACAUGUCCGGCGGCAAGAAGGGCGGCUUCAUCGUCUCCAGCCACCUCCAGGGGGAGGCAGUGCAAGACUGGCGUGAGAUCGUGACCUACUUCUCGUACCCGGUGAAGGCCCGCGACUACUCGCGGUGGCCCGACAAGCCGCCGGCGUGGCGGUCGGUGGUGGAGCAGUACAGCGAGCAGCUGAUGGGCUUGUCCUGCAAGCUCCUGGGCGUGCUGUCCGAGGCGAUGGGUCUGGAGGCGGACGCGCUGGGCAAGGCCUGCGUGGACAUGGACCAGAAGGUGGUGGUCAACUUCUACCCCAAGUGCCCGCAGCCGGACCUCACGCUGGGCCUCAAGCGCCACACCGACCCCGGCACCAUCACGCUGCUGCUGCAGGACCUCGUCGGGGGGCUCCAGGCCACCCGCGACGGCGGCCGGACCUGGAUCACCGUCAAGCCCGUCGAGGGCGCCUUCGUCGUCAACCUCGGCGACCACGGCCACUUCCUGAGCAACGGCAGGUUCAAGAACGCCGACCACCAGGCGGUGGUGAACUCCGAGUGCAGCCGGCUGUCGAUCGCGACGUUCCAGAACCCGGCGCCGGACGCGACGGUGUACCCGCUGGCCGUGCGGGAGGGGGAGGCGCCCAUCUUGGACGAGCCCAUCACCUUUGCGGAGAUGUACCGGCGCAAGAUGGCGCGCGACAUCGAGCUCGCCAAGCUCAAGAAGCAGGCCAAGGCCGAGAAGCAGCAGCAGCAGGUGCGGAUGCAGCAGCAGAGCGCCAACAAGGAGUUCGCCGUGCCCAAGCCCAAGUCUCUCGACGAGAUUCUUGCCUGAGGUGAUCGAUCCAUUUAUCUACGAUUAUUGGUGCGUGGGGUUCAUGUAUAAGGAUGAUGUAGCUGUGAGCGUAUGGGAUAAGUGCUAGUAUGAAAUAAUAAGGGUCCUGAAAUUAAACCAAGACAGCUGCUAAGUGUGCAUGUUCUGUUGUUCAGACUAAGUGCACUUCUUAUGGUUCAGACUUCAGAAGAAUUGAGCUAUGAGCGUGUCUGUAGUAGACUCUCGACUGUGGAAGUAUGAAUGUGCAGUUGAAGAAUUAUUGAUGCGGACAGGAGACA